AUGAGGUUCAAUUUGCCCCAUCUUGUUGUGAUUUUCUCCCUCUUGUGCGGCAUCUUUGCGGCCGGUCACACAAAUGGCACAACAGUGAAGCGAUACCGAAGAUACUUGGGCUUUAUUAAGGGUGGAAAGGUUUUUUUUCGUGUGAAUAUAAAAGACAAUGUCAUAAAGUUGAAUCAACUUUGGGCCCAUGCUUAUGGCUUUCGCCAGAAUUAUGACAUCAACUGGCCAUUUCCGUCCAGCUACAAAGUCCGUCGCCGAGAUGUUCACGACACUCUCGAGACUUUUAUGGAGGGACUCGGCUUCGACGGUCGUGCUUGCUUGAGGAGGUCUGUUUGCGAGGCGAAGGACAUUCACGAGGGUGAGAGUGGCAUUUUCAGGAAGCUGUUCAAGAAAGUCUUUAGUGCAUCCUCUCCGUGGGCUGUUGACUUUCGGAGGCAGUCCUACAUGAUUCCCACUUCUUGCGAGGAAAUGCGCCAGUCGUGCCCCAUAAAUUUUCUGAAUUUGUCACCGUACACGGACUUGUGA